AUGAUGACUCAUCAAUCAAUGGAGCUCAACAACGAUGAAAGUUCAACUGAUGAUGAAGUCAUGAAAGAAAGUUCUCCUGUCAAUGAUGACAAAAUUGAUGAUGACACUGUCAAUGUGGAAUUUGAUGAUCUGAAUGAAGAAGAGAAAGAGAAUCCUCAUGUGGACAGUGAUAUCAAAGCUGAGUCAAGUGACAAUGAUGAAUCACCAUGCACUGAUGAAUUAACUGAUCCUGAAUCGAUGGACGAGGAUACAGGCCAUGCUUUGUAUGAACUCGAACACCAGAAAGACAAAGCAAUGAAAGAAUUAUCAAAAACAUUCGAACUAUUGGACAUAGAUCCAAUUCAUGACAGGUUCAACUCAAAGCCAAAUCAGGCUCGACGAUUGCUCGUUCUUCGAAUAAACAAUGGAAUAUUAGCUUAUCCACAAUGCAUACGAGGAAAUAAUCGUCCUUUAUGUGAUUCAACAAUUGAUGCUGUGGUCAAAUUCUAUCGUGAGGAUGGCAUCAGUUGA